CCCCCAGUCCAAACUGCAAUGUGUGCCGCUAGAACCCCCAGUCCAAACUGCAAGUAUGUCAUAUGCAAGCCCACUGCCUGUGCCCUCAAAUGAUGUUAUCAAUAAGCCACGAGUAGUUGACCUCAGAAGUGACACACUCACCCUCCCUUCGCCCGGUAUGAGGCGGGCCAUGGCCGAGGCCGAGGUGGGUGAUGAUGUGUACAGUGAGGACCCAACCGUCAUUGAGUUACAGCGACGGUGUGCGGAGUUGUUCGGCAUGGAAGCCGCAUUGUUAGUUCCAACAGGAACCAUGGGAAAUCUCAUCUCCAUUCUAGUCCACUGUCGGGAGCGGGGACAGGAGGCUGUAGUCGGAGACCAAUCACAUAUUCUCCUUAAUGAGCAAGCAGGGAUAGCUCAGUUUGCAGGGGUGUGUCCACGCACCAUUAAAAACCUACCUGAUGGGACAUUUGACGUAGAUGAGCUGCGCCGAUAUUUGCGACCAACCAAUGAUGUCCACCAGCCCUGGACCAAGCUCAUAUGCCUGGAAAACUCGCACAACUUUUGUGGUGGAAAGGCACUUCCCAUGUCCUUCAUAAAAAAAGUAUAUGAGGUUGCCCAGGAAAACAACAUCAAGGUUCAUACUGAUGGGGCUCGAAUCCUCAACUCCGCUGUUGCCCUCGGGGUCCCAGUCUCUGAAAUCUUGAAGUACUCAGACAGCGUCAACAUGUGCUUUUCUAAGGGCUUGGCUGCACCUGUUGGCUCCAUCAUAGCAGGCACACAGGACUUUAUAAAGAUGGCUGUGAGGAUGCGUAAGGGUCUGGGUGGAGGUUUGAGGCAGUCUGGGAUAUUUGCAGCUGCAGCCCUGUACUCCCUGGAGCACGUGCUUCCUCGACUGUACAAGGACAACCAGUGGGCCGCACAAAUAGCUGAAGCUGUGUCUGACGUCUGUGAGGGUGUGGCCCGCAUACCGAAGGAUGGGAUGGACACGAACAUGGUCAUGUUUGAGAUGGUGAAACCCGGGCUCACCGCCAGGGACUUCUCUAACAGGCUCAUUGAGGUUACAGAUGAGGAGCGCUCAGCACUGGGGGAGGUCGCAGUGAGGAUACGCUCUGUCGCCAUAUAUCCCAUGGUGACCCGCCUCGUAACCCAUAAUGACCUAGAUGACGAAAUGGUUGCCAUGGCAAUUAAGAAAAUCAGAUACGUUCUUGGGGAGCUUGCUAAGUCUUAAAAGAAUAUAUUUUAAUAAAACUUCUGUUUUUACCAUGAUAGCAUUACCUAUGUUUGUGUGAUACUAUUUACUGAACAGUAUUAUGAAUUUUACAAGGUUGUGAAAUAGGUUUUGGAGCAUUUGUUGGUUGGUCACACAGUGUUUUCUUGUUUCUUAGACGGAUUGUUUUUGUUAUUACAUUCUAAUUAUUGCGUGAAAGCACUCGAACUUUGUUUAUCAGUAUGGAAAUACGGGGCACACAAAACAAUAUUCAGGUUUGAACUUCCCCAUAUCCUGUCACCUACUAAACCUGUAUUAUUUUCAUUGGUCCCUAUAUCUUUCUAUAUUAAGUAUUGCUCCUCAGCAAAAAUAAAUUGUUAUUCCAUGAUUUUUACCGGUAUAUGGGAUUUAGGCAGGAAAUUAAGAAACAUUUAUAGAGAGAGCUAUUUUCAAGCAAGCUUGAUAGUUAUGUCUCCCCCUCUCUGGGGGAGACAUAUUGUUUUUGCCCUGUCCGGUAGUCCGUCAGUCCGUCCGUACGUCACACUUCGUUUCCGAUCGAUAACUGGAAAACCGCAUGACCUAGGAUCACCAAACUUGGUCGUGAGGUGUAGAGGAUCCCUAUUGUUUUUGGGGUCACUAGGUCAAAGGUCAAGGUCGCGGCGACCCCCAAUAUAAAAAACAUUUCUGCUCAAAAUCUUGAGAACGGUUUGACCUAGGUUCACCAAACUUGGUAGGGAGGUUGUUCAUGAGGUGUAGAAGAUCCCUAUAGUUUUUGGGGUCACUAGGUCAAAGGUCAAGGUCGCGGCGACCCCCAAUGUAAAAAACAUUUCCGCUCAAUAUCUUGAGAAUGGUUUGACCUAGGUUCACCAAACUUGGUAGGGAGGUUGGUCAUGAGGUGUAGAGGAUCCCUAUUGUUUUUGGGGUCACUAGGUCAAAGGUCAAGGUCGCGGCGACCCCCAAUAUAAAAAACAUUUCUGCUCAAAAUCUUGAGAACGGUUUGACCUAGGUUCACCAAACUUGGUAGGGAGGUUGGUCAUGAGGUGUAGAAGAUCCCUAUUGUUUUUGGGGUCACUAGGUCAAAGGUCAAGGUCGCGGCGACCCCCAAUGUAAAAAACAUUUCCGCUCAAUAUCUUGAGAAUGGUUUGACCUAGGUUCACCAAACUUGGUAGGGAGGUUGAUCAUGAGGUUUAGAAAACUCCUAUAUUUUGGGGGGUCACAAGGUCAAAGGUCAACGUCGCUGUGACCUCUAAUGUAAAAAAAUAUUUCCGUGCAAUAUCAGGAGAAUGCUUUGAUCUAGUUACAUUUUAUACCAGUUUGAUUGAUUGGAAGAACUGAUAAGAUGUCAUAGUAUAGCCAUGGACAGGAUUCUGUGUUUAUAAAAAAAAGUCUCCUUAAAGCUUCAACUGAAUUUAAUAUGUCUCCCCAAUUAAUGGGGAGACAUAUUGUUUUUGCCCUGUCCGUCAGUACAUCCGUCACACUUCGUUUCUGCUCAAUAACUAAAGAACGCUUGCACUCAGGAACUUUAUACUUGGUAUGCUAGUUGGUCAUGACUAGUAGAUGACCCCUACUGAUUUUGAGAUCAAUAGGUCAAAGGUCAAGGUCGCAGUAGAUAUUCACUAUUUAAUACAGGUGAAUAAACCAAACUUCACUGUUGGUUUGUCUCCUGUCCAUAAUUACAAAUUUCAUGUCCAUCUUUUUUUUUCUCAGAUACGACCACACAAUAGGGGAGACAAGCGCUUUUUCAAAAAAGUAAUCUCUAGUUGUUUUUUGGACUCAUUAGAUUAUGUCAGGAUUAAAUAAGUGUACGUUAAAAGUGUUUUAUUACUUCUAUGGUGGAUAAGAUAUUAGACAUGUGUUAUUGGUUGUUUUGAUUAUUUCUUAGAGACAAAUUAAUGAUAUGACAGUUCAAUGAGGCAUAUAAUAAAAUAGAUUUCAGUCUAGUUAAUUCAAGGUACAAUUAAUGGUCAAAUGGUUAAAAUAAGAACUGUGAUGAAACAUCACUACAAUUCUCCUUAUUUUUCCUCAAAUUUAUUCUCAUGCAAUUAUUAUUUUGCUUGCCAUUUUAGUUUCCUUUAAAUUCAACUUAGAAAAAGUGCAUUUUUUCACUAAGACAAAAUCUUUCUCUUAAGAUGCUUUAUGAAUAUGGUCCCAGGAAAUUUUAACAUAAACAAAUACAACAAAAUGUGUUGAAAAUGUAGAUUUAAACAAAUGAAGUACAAUGCAAUCCACAUUGUUGGUAGAAAAAUGUAGCAUUACAUUAAACCUACGUCUAGAUUUUGUUAUCAAUGACAAUACACAUAUGCAAACUUGACUCAGAUUACCUCAAACUAAAAACAAUGUUUCAGGUCAAUUAUGACAAUAUUACCUCAGACUUGACUCAGAUCAAUUAUGACAAUAUUACCUCAUGCUUGAAACGAUCAAUUAUGACAAUAAUACCUCAGACUUGACUCAGAUCAAUUAUGACAAUAUUACCUCAUGCUUGACUCGAUCAAUUAUGACAAUAUUACCUCAUUCUUGACUCGAUCAAUUAUGACAAUAUUACCUCAUGCUUGACUCGAUCAAUUAUGACAAUAUAUAGAGAAUAUUUACUUUUGGUGUUCACCAGGUAUUAUAUAUUACAAUCUUUCACUGAAACAAACCCUUUUUAUUUUUAUUUCAUGCUUAUAAUUUAACCAAAAACAAAAUUUGAUUAAUAUUAAAUAGGAACAAAAAUAAAAUUAAAUGACGUCAUUGCAUUUAUUUCCCAGCAUUGUAUGCAUUUAUAUUUUUUUUGUGUUUUUUUUACAAUAAACAGGGUAAAACCUAAGAAACAGUGAAAUUGUAUUUAGAUAAACUCACUGUUUCAACAGGUGAGUUAAUUGAGAUAUAAUCCACUAUUAUAUUAAAAAAAAUACCACCGAAAAACAUAAAAUAAUUCCUCAUACUUGACUAAGGUCAAUUAUGGUUAAUUGUGACAAUAAAACCUCGUACUUGACUAAGGUCAAUUAUGGUUAAUUGUGACAAUAAAACCUCGUACUUGACUAAGGUCAAUUAUGGUUAAUUGUGACAAUAAAACCUCGUACUUGACUAAGGUCAAUUAUGGUUAAUUGUGACAAUAAAACCUCGUACUUGACUAAGGUCAAUUAUGGUUAAUUGUGACAAUAAAACCUCGUACUUGACUAAGGUCAAUUAUGGUUAAUUGUGACAAUAAAACCUCGUACUUGACUAAGGUCAAUUAUGGUUAAUUGUGACAAUAAAACCUCAUACUUGAUUAAGGUCAAAACUACCUCAACAUUUUCGAAAAAGAUAAAAACAAAAAGAUUGUACAAUUACACCAUAUUUUGACGGGAUAAUUAUGUCUCCCCCUCUCUGGGGGAAACAUAUUGUUUUUGCCCUGUCCGUCAGUCCGGUAGUCCGUCAGUCCGUCCGUACGUCACACUUCGUUUCCGAUCGAUAACUGGAAAACCGCAUGACCUAGGAUCACCAAACUUGGUAGGGAGGUUGGUCGUGAGGUGUAGAGGAUCCCUAUUGUUUUUGGGGUCACUAGGUCAAAGGUCAAGGUCGCGGCGACCCCCAAUAUAAAAAACAUUUCUGCUCAAAAUCUUGAGAACGGUUUGACCUAGGUUCACCAAACUUGGUAGGGAGGUUGGUCAUGAGGUGUAGAAGAUCCCUAUUGUUUUUGGGGUCACUAGGUCAAAGGUCAAGGUCGCGGCGACCGCCAAUGUAAAAAACAUUUCCGCUCAAUAUCUUGAGAAUGGUUUGACCUAGGUUCACCAAACUUGGUAGGGAGGUUGAUCAUGAGGUUUAGAAAACUCCUAUAUUUUGGGGGGUCACAAGGUCAAAGGUCAACGUCGCUGUGACCUCUAAUGUAAAAAAAUAUUUCCGUGCAAUAUCAGGAGAAUGCUUUGAUCUAGGUUCACCAAACUUUGAAGUGAGGUUGGUCAUGAUGUCUAGAUGAUCCCAAUUGUUUUGGGGGUAACAAGGUCAAUAGUCAAGGUCGUGGUGACCUUCCAUGUAAAAAUCAUUUGCGUGUAAUAUCUUUAUGUCUCCCCCAUUCAUGGGGAGACAUAUUGUUUUUGCCCUGUCCGUCAGUCAGUCCAUCAGUCUGUCAGUCAGUCAGUCAGUACGUCACACUUCGUUUCCGCCCAAUAACUAUAGAACUCUUAGACCCAGGAACUUCAUACUUGGUAUGCUAGUUGGUCAUGACUAGUAGAUGACCCCUAUUGAAUUUGGGGUCACUAGGUCAAAGAUCAGGGUCAACGUGACCUUGAGGUGAAGAAACGGUUUCCACUCAAUAACUAAAGAUCCUUUGGGUCCAGGAACUUCAUACUUGGUAUGCUAGUUGUUCAUGACUAUUAGAUGACUCCUAUUGAUUUUGAGAUCAAAAGGUCAAAGGUCAAGGUUACCUUCAGGUAAAAAAUGUUAUGUUGGCAGUGACCUUAAGCUUAAAAAUGGUUUCUGUUCAAUAACUAAAGAAAGCUUGUACCCAGGAACUUCAUAGUUGUUCAUGACUAGUAGAUGACUCCUAUUGAUUUUGAGAUCAGUAGGUCAAUGGUCAAGGUCACCGUGACCUUGAGGUGAAGAAACUGUUUCCGCUCAAUAACUAGAGAACGCUUGCAACCAGGAAUUUCAUACUUGGUAUGCUAGUUGGUCAUGACUAGAAGAUGACCCAUAUUGAUUUUGAGAUCACUAGGUCAAAGGUCAAGGUUGCCAUGACCUUGAAGUGAAGAAAAAGUUUCCGCUCAAUAACUAAAGAUCCUUUGGUUUCAGGAACUUCAUACUUGGUAAGCUAGUUGUUCAUGACUAGAAGAUGACCCCUAUUGAUUUUCAGAUCAAAAGGUCAAAGGUCAAGGUUACCUUCAGGUAAAAAAUGAUACGUUGGCGGUGACCUUAAGCUUAAAAAUGGUUUCUGCUCAAUAACUUAAGAACGCUUGUACCCAGGAACUUCAUUCUUGGUACGCUAGUCGGUCAUGACUAGUAGAUGACCCCUAUUGAUUUUGAGAUCAGUAGGUCAAAGGUCAAGGUUGCCAUGACCUUGAGUUGAAGAAAUGGUUACCGCUCAGUAACUAAAGAACACUUGCACCCAAGAACUUAAUACUUGGUAUGCAAGUUGGUUAUGUAGAUGAUCCCUAUUGAUGUUGUGAUCAGUAGGUAAAAGGUCAUGGUCACGAUGACUGUGAGCUGAAAAAUGGUUUCCGAUCAAUAAUUGAAUAACGCUUGCGCCCAGGAACUUCAUACAAUGCAAACUUCGUUUACAUUUUCCAUGAUUAAUCAACAACACUUUCUUCUCUUCACUAUUUAAUAUAAUCGAAUAAACCAAACUUCACUGUUGGUUUGUCUCCAGUCCAAAGUUACAAAUUUCAUGUCCAUCAUUUAUUUUUUCUCAGCUACAACCACACAAUAGGGGAGACAAGCGCUUUUUCAAAAAAGCAAUCUCUAGUUUUGGGUUAAAGUUGUGAUGCGACACAUUAUAACAUUUUAAAACGUUAGUGAAUGUAACUGUUUCAUGUCAACAUUGUAUUUAAGUUUUUCAUUAUUGACAAAUAAUUUGAAUUCUCGCUAUAAAGCCAUUAUGAAGUGUUUUGUAUUUUAAAUGUUAACUACUUGUAUUUUUAAUGGUACCCACUGUAUACAUAAUAUAACAUGUGUUUAUGUUUGAGGUAAUGCCAUGUGUUGAGGUAAGCAAUGUCAGCAUUUCUGUAUAAGGUAUAAUGUUCAGGGGCCAUCUCAAUAAAGAUCUUAGGCGAUCUUACUCAUUAAUUGAAAUUAUUUUUGUGUUAUAGUUUCUUCAUUUUACUACAUAUUUCAGUGAACUGAAAUUAAGCCAGUAUAAAAAGGACACAUUCAUGGGGAAAUAAUCAAAAACGAAUGUGUUGCAAUUUGUGACGUUUGUUUAGAUUGAAGAUUAUGGAAGUGGCCACUAUAAUCCUUUAUUGAAAUUGGCCUAUGCAUCCCUUCAAUCAUAUCAUAAUUGCAUAACUUGUGUUUGUUGUGGUAUUGCUGCUUUUUGUCGACAUUGUAUAUGUACAUGUUUUGCCAGAUGGGUCUAUAAACUUCUUGGAAAUAAAUGUUAUGGUUCUGUUCUAUUAUAGUAUUGGUUUGUAAGAUGA